CCUACGCGCUCGGGUAUCUGUCGUCGGUCAUGCCAAAGCUCAUCUCCUAUGUACGGCGGUUGGGAAGCAACAAAGGUUGGACAACAGAACAAAAGCUUCAAGAGUUAGCUCAAGUAUUGACGAACCCCGUCCGUGUCAACGGUUUCCCUACGUUUUGCGCCUCUCUCAUCGGUGGCUCGACCCUGCUGCCGGUGCUGUUGUACCGGCUCUACGCGUCGAUUGCCGUCGGGCUUGGCUCCAAAGCCGAAAUCCGGAUCUCCCACCGGCUGGACCGCCUCGUUCGAUUCGCCGUCGCAUUCCUAUCGUCAUGGUUCAGUUUCCAACUUCUCAACCGAAAUCGUGUCUGUCUGCGGACAAAAGAUGUCAGAGCGAAACGCGUGGCCACAGGAGAUGCCAGUCAGGUGGCAUCCGAUGUACGUGAGCAUCAACGGCCAGAGCUGGCGGGGAGGACCAUGGAUCUGACCUUAUUCACGGUCACAAGAGCCAUCGACGUGGUAGCGUGCAUUGCGUGGAACCGCUGGUCUCGUCGCCGCAAAGCCCAGAAUCGCUGGACCGUGGCCGAGUCGCUGGCUCCGGGUCUCGCGGAUGCCGGCGUGUUUGCUGCAAGCGCGGCAGUCGUCAUGUGGGCGUGGUUCUAUCUGCCCGAACGGCUACCGCGGACGUACGAGAAGUGGAUUGGAGAGGCUGCCCAGGUGGACUCGCGCUUGAUCGAGGCUCUACGUCGUGUCCGCCGUGGGGUCUUUGUAUACGGGAAGGAAACGGGGCAAGCGCCUCUGCUCCAGUCCAUGUGCAGGGACUACCGCUGGCCCACGGCGUGGGGGGAUCCAGUCAAGACAAUUCCGAUUCCAUGCGAAAUGGUCCACAUGGGCUGUGGCCCCAGCUGUGAGAAACACGCGGUGUCCCGUUUUGCCAGAACCUUCAAGUUUGCCUGUGCAACCUAUAUCCCGCUGCAACUUGUCUUGCGUCUGCGGGGACUCAAGUCAGCCGCUUCCCUCCGCCGUGCUCUUUUGGAUUCCGCCCAGUCCUCCGCCUUCCUCGCCUCCUUUGUCAGUCUGUUCUACUAUGGCGUCUGUCUCGCGCGGACCAGGAUCGGUCCCAAGAUCUUGGAUCCGAAGACCGUCACCCCGCUGAUGUGGGACUCCGGCCUGUGCGUCGCGUCGGGAUGCUUCAUGUGCGGAUGGAGUGUAUUGGUUGAGAAGGCACGAAGGAGACAGGAGCUGGCGCAGUUUGUGGCACCCCGAGCUGCGGCCACGAUUUUGCCACGGUUGUAUGAUAAAAAGUAUCAAUAUCGCGAGCGCGUUGCAUUUGCGGUCAGCGCAGCUAUUCUUCUCACCUGUCUUCGAGAACGACCCAGCAUGGUCCGUGGAGUUUUCGGUCGCAUUACGACCAUCAUGUUUUCCCGCGUGUUCCCUGCAUGGGGACGCUGUCAGUGGACAGCAGGAAUACCACCACACUCAAUACGCUUGCAAAGAGGCAUAUUCCCCGCCGAGAGGCGAUUUUUCUCCGCCAAUUCGUUCCUCCAUGCACGGCAACAUGCAUCGGCCGCGCCUUUCAGCACACCCCAAUCGCAAAAACGCAAUGCAUCUACUAUGUACUAUACCAUCAGUCUCAUUCUCGGAACCGUUGCUCUAGCCUACGGAUCCGUACCUCUCUACAAAAUGAUCUGCCAACAAACCGGCUGGGGCGGCCAACCGAUCCUUACCCACCGCGGCGGCGACGGCGACACCGCCUCACGCGUAACACCAGUAACGGACUCGCGCCGACUGCGGAUAACAUUCAACGGCUCCGUCUCCGACGUGCUCCCCUGGAAAUUCACCCCGCAGCAGCGCGAAGUCCGCGUGCUGCCCGGCGAGACCGCGCUGGCCUUCUACACGGCGACCAACAAGAGUCCGCAGGAUAUCAUCGGGGUUGCGACUUACAGCGUCACGCCCGGCCAGGUCGCGCCGUAUUUCAGUAAGAUCCAGUGCUUCUGCUUUGAGGAGCAGAAGCUUAAUGCCGGCGAGUCGGUCGAUAUGCCGGUCUUCUUCUUUAUUGAUCCUGAUUUUGCGACGGAUCCCAAUAUGAAGGGGAUUGAUACCAUUACACUUUCAUAUACCUUUUUCAAAGCGAAAUAUGAUGACAAUGGGGUUUUGAAGCCAGUCCCUGGUGCCUGA